AUGUGGCGUCGCGUCGUGGCCGCCGCGCUCGCUCUCGCUGUCUUGUGCGCGGAUGAUCGUCUACCACUGGCAAAGGAGGCUGUGUGCGGAACAGGCGGGCAGGAUUGCCCCAGGUGCAACGCUUCGUUGACAAAGUGGUCCCACUGCACAUUGGAUGCCGAGCAGAGCUUCGCGGGUGGCACAACGGCCUUCCUGAAGAGCAAGGAUUGCCCUGUCGGCAUGGCUGUCUUUGUUAGCUCGACUCUUUCUCACAAGUAUAACUCUUCCAAGAUGGCAGAUGCUGUGCUGACUGCUCCCGUACCACGUGGGGAUGAGAAGGCGAGAGAGAUGGCGUCACAGGUCCUGCGCGCUGCGAACAAGUUCUUGCUUGCGAUGCCGGAAGAGACAGUUGUCAGAGGUGCUGAGAUUGGCGUCAAGGCAGCCAGUCUGCAAUCCAUGUGUUUUGGGGUCUUUCUCCCAAACUCGGCGUGCAGCCUCUGCAUCGAGCACGUUGACCUCCCAGACGCAAAGGUGCAUCUGGAAGUGAGGCAGCAGGUGAAUUGCACAGUCCAGGACUGGAUGACUGGGCUGUGCAAUUGUGCCGGUGCUGUCACACGCGGUCGGCUGUUGGGGCUCUUGUACUCGUACGUGCACGAUAUGCUCCUUAUGAUAGGCCUGAGUUUCCACAUGCCGGACCCGACUCCCACGAACCUUCUGUUGACUUGCAAUCCUGAAGGCAGCACAUCCUUUCAGCCACCAGGAGUGCAGUGGGCCGAUUUUCUGGCCACCAGCAGCGGUCAGUCAAAGCGAGGCUUGCUGGCGGGGUCAGAUCGUGAGAUUGCCGGCAAGGUGACUGUCUUCUUCGGGGCCAUCAUGAUUGGGGCUCAACGCGCCCACCUGAAAUCGGUGGAGCAGAUGGCAGACUUUUGCAUAAACAGAUUGUCGUUGCAGAGAGGUGCGGCCCUUUGCAUGGAGAAAGUGUGGUCCGAGCAGCAGAAGAUGAGCGACGAGGAGCUUCGCGACUUCAGGAGGUUUGUGGCAUCAGAGAUCUUUUUCGAGCAGUUUGAUGCCUUGUCAGCUCGCGUCGCGGACGUCGAGCUCGAGCUCGCAGAAGUGAAGAUCAAGCUCGCGGACGUGAAGAUUGGAGGCGCGACCUCAAUCUCAUCCGUCUGGGUGCGGGAGCUGAUCCGCAAGGAUCGGACGGUCACAGGAAAGCUGAGGCCCGAGGAGGAAUGCAAGGAGCUCGAGCCGACGGGCAAUGCGUUCCAAGUGAAAGGAACCUUGUCUAUCGUGGAUGACUUGAAGAAGGCAAUCGACCCUUCCUUGUCUCCGUAUCAAGCGUCCAAGAUCGGCAUUUACAGCCAGAAGGAGGACAAGGACUGGGUGAAGGAAGACGAAGACAGUGAAGUCAAUCGCGGCACAUCCAAGUCAGAUUGCUAUGGGUUCGUGCUGCCACCGGCGCCCCAUGUGCAGGGGCAGGCCUCUGCAUCGGGUCUGGGUCAAGAAGCGUUAGAGGCUGCGUGGCCACAGCUUCAGACGGUCGGCACACUCUUCUGGCGCCCCAAGUGGCGGCCCGGACAGGUCCUGCGCGCCGCGAUUUCUUUAUAG